AUGUCCGAAAACGACAACAACCAGUCCCCCGCCGAUCGUCAGGACCCUCCUCCUAACACCGAGCACCUCAACAUCAAAGUCACCGACAACAACAACGAGGUUUUCUUCAAAAUCAAGCGCAGCACCAAGCUCGAGAAGCUUAUGACGGCCUUUUGCGAGCGUCAGGGAAAGUCGCUUAACUCGGUGCGCUUCCUGUUCGACGGCACGCGAGUCCAGCCAACGGAUACCCCGGACGCGCUCGAGAUGGCAGAUGGCGACACUCUCGAAGUGCAUCAAGAACAGGUCGGAGGGCGCUUGCUCGGAUGACGCCACAACGACCAAGGGCAGACAAAGAAGAUGAUGAUACCGAGUCGGAGAGGAGAGAAACAGAAGGUAGAAGAGAGAGACAUGUGCGUCUGAGCUGGGUAAUUAGGGUCGCAUUCUAUCCCACACACUAUCUACCGUGGUUUGUGUAAUACAUUAGAGCAGAGAGAGAGAGCCGGAGUCAGAGUCAGAGAGGGAACCCGCUAUUUUACGAC